AUGCGGCUGGGAGCUGUGUUAUCAGUGUUGUUUCUUUUGGUUCUGGUUGCGUUUUACGGCGUUGGUGUGUUGGCGCAGCGGAUGUCUGUGGUGCCUAUCCAGUCCAAUUUUACGGCGGUGAUUUCGGGUUUGCAGUGGCCUCGCGUUUUGUUCCGCCUCGGCGAGAAAUGCAGCAGUCAUCCUUCUUCCACAUCCGUUCCUACUGAAUGUACUGUUGUCGGCGACGAGUUGACGCGGUUGCUCGUUAAGGCGCUGAGACCCUCGGUGCACACCGCCAUUCACCCCUCGCCGACCGGCAUCACUGCUGUUUUUCUUACGCUCCAGCCACAUUCAUUGCAGCAAUCGCUUCAGGCAGAAUUUGCGGUGGUGCGCAUGUUGGGCGCUGGUUCGCUUGCUCCAGAUGACCUCCAGCUUGUUGAGCAAGUAAGACGAGCCGAUGUUGCAGGGCUGCGCCUAAUUUACGAUUCCAAUGGUGGGAGCAUAGCGGACAAUGUCGCCGUGAAAACUGUGCGACGGGUUGAAGAGCGGGCCAGUCCGUGUGGAGACUCUUGCGAGUGGGCUGUCAGUAUCGUUGCGCCACUAUUUGCAACGGCGCUGUUGCUCAUCCCUGUGUUCAUGUCUGUUGUACAUCUCGAGCGUGCUGUUGCGGUGCGGGAUUACUUUCUUGUGGCAAGCCAUGACAUUGACGACGAACCGCAGCACGUAAAUGAGUUUGCCAACUGCGAGGAUUGGGGUCCGGUGGAGUUUGUGGACCCCGACAUGCUACCGAGGGAAAAUGUAGCGGGACAUGAGCCUCACAUGGAUGGAAUUGUUGUUUUGCAGCACUUUGUGGAGGAGGAUGCUGUGGCUGUAGGGAAGACUCGGAGGCGGAAGUAG